ACCGGGGCUGAGGAGUGGGUGACGAGGAGCGGUCACCACCACCAGGAAAAAAUACCAGGAGCCAUAAAAUGCACGGACUACAGGGGUCCAUUUGACUGUCAGUAAGACGUUUUCGUACUUUGAGGGUUUGGUCCUGGCGAGGUCUUUGGAGAACUCGAGUUUAAUGCGAUGGAGGUCCUCUGUCAGGCCGAGCUUUCUGGUUUUUAGCCAGUCGGCUGCAAAUCCAGGGAUGCCUAGCUGAGCUAACCUAGCCAGCUAACAAUUAGCCUGUCCAUUUAGCUAUCCUGGUCACUGGAGCCUCGGUCUGCGAGAGGAUACCUGCUCUGAGGACAAAUUGUGAAGCGGUAGUUUCAUUGCGGCUGUUACAAGGCUUAUUGUUCGUCGAUUGCUGCAGACGCUGGGAAAGCCUUUCUGUUUGUUUAGUGGAUGGACAGUUUGACGGGCGCUCAUUGUCACUGCGCGGGCGUACGGUGUUGGUUUCGGGGCGGCUAGGCUUGCGCUCGGCCGGGCAACCAGCGCAGGGAUUGUACAAAUGUGGCAGUGGCAGCCAAUUGUGUCCCGCUGUCUCUGGGACCGAAGUUGGUAGCUUAAAAUUAAAAACCGUAUUUUCGAUGAGUGUUAUUCUCACGGGAUAUCUAGCUACGCGGGAAAGGGAUUAAAAAGUGUUGGCACGCUGAAAAUUCAUCAACUUGUCACAAUAGCUUGGUUGUAACAUUAGCUGCGUUUAGCUUAUAAACUAAUAUUAGCUUUCUUGAAAGAACAUCAAAUAAAAUGGUUAUUUACACCUUCGCUAUUAAUGUAAGAUGUUUGCAGACGUGUUGCAUUGCAAAUUUUCUGUGAUCAGCUGUCAGUCCUUGUAGCCUAAGGAUUUACACAAGACUUUGACUAAGCUGUCAAAUAUUUGACACUUGACAGCAGUUUUACCAUCAACAAGGAAGGCCAGAUUCUGCUGCACGCCUAUCAAGCUCGGUUAUCGGUGUCUGGAAAUAACUUGCUGUAAAACGGACUGUUGCUCAGAGUGGGUUUAAUUUAUUUGAUACUUUGUGUGAGGUGUAGCCCGGCGCCCCUUGUCAGACGGGCUUUUCAGCUCAUGCGGUGAUGACUUUAGACUCCAUGAUGGCUUGUUGCCUGAGUGAGGAGGCGAAGGAGUCCAAACGAAUCAACGCUGAGAUCGAGAAACAACUCCGACGAGACAAGAGAGAUGCAAGAAGGGAGCUGAAGCUUCUUCUGCUGGGUACUGGAGAGAGUGGCAAGAGCACUUUCAUCAAGCAGAUGAGAAUAAUCCAUGGGUCAGGCUACACAGACGAAGACAAGAAGGGCUUUACCAAACUGGUGUACCAGAACAUCUUCACCUCCAUGCAGGCCAUGAUCCGCGCAACUGAGACCCUCAAGAUCCCGUACAAGUAUGAACAGAACAAGAAUAAUGCCCAGGUGGUGCGCGAGGUGGACGUUGAGAAGGUGUCAUCAUUCGAUCAGCCGUACAUCGGCGCUAUAAAGAUGCUGUGGGCUGAUCCUGGCAUCCAGGAGGCCUAUGAUCGCAGGAGAGAGUACCAGCUCUCCGACUCAACCAAAUAUUACCUUAGUGAUUUAGAACGAAUAGCAACACUGGGGUACGUGCCCACUCAGCAGGAUGUGCUACGGGUUCGAGUACCCACCACCGGAAUCAUUGAGUACCCAUUUGACCUGCAGAAUAUUGUUUUCAGCUAUCUAAGUGAUCUGGAUCGUAUUGCUGAACCAUCCUAUCUACCGACCCAACAAGAUGUGCUUAGGGUUCGAAUCCCAACCACUGGGAUCAUAGAAUACCCUUUCGACUUGCAAAGCAUCAUUUUCAGGAUGGUGGAUGUUGGGGGUCAGAGGUCAGAGAGGAGGAAGUGGAUCCACUGCUUUGAGAACGUCACUUCCAUCAUGUUCCUGGUGGCGCUCAGCGAGUACGACCAGGUCCUGGUGGAGUCAGACAAUGAGAAUCGUAUGGAGGAGAGUAAAGCUCUGUUCAGGACCAUCAUCACAUAUCCCUGGUUCCAAAACUCCUCUGUCAUCCUCUUCCUCAACAAGAAGGACCUGCUGGAGGAGAAGAUCAUGUAUUCUCACUUGGUUGACUACUUCCCAGAGUUUGACGGUCCCCAGCGAGACGCUCAGGCGGGUCGAGAGUUCAUCUUGAAGAUGUUUGUGGACUUGAACCCAGACAGUGACAAGAUCAUCUACUCCCAUUUCACAUGCGCCACCGACACGGAGAACAUCCGUUUCGUCUUUGCAGCGGUCAAAGACACCAUCCUGCAGCUCAACCUCAAAGAGUACAACCUGGUGUGAAGGAGAAACGGAAAGAGAGGGAGAGAGGGAGAGAGAGAGAUAGCAAGCAAGAGACCUGCAGCCCCACACACACACACACACACACACACACACACACACACACACAAUGCAGAGUCCAUUUGUAGAAACACACAUCUGCAUGGAACAUGCUGCUGCUCAAAGAAAUAAGCAUUGCUUAACACUUUAUCUGACCAACAAUAGCCAUGUUCUGUCCUUCAUUCAGCCCCUCAUUUGUUGGUUUGCCCUUUUUUUUUUUUUUUUUUAAUAAUUUGUUUUGUGGUUCUAUUAAUUGCUUUUCUUGCACAAACACACAUGAAACACACUCAAACACUCCCUCCAUUUGUCCCCCUCUAUUUGGGGCUUCGGUCUGCUCCAGGGCACUUUUUGGUUCUCUUUCAGCCCUUGGCGUGGCGCACAUUUUUUCUUUCUUUCCACUACUUUAUCACCAGUGCUUGUGUGUACGAGGUGGGUAGAGGGCCUUCUCUGGGUAGAGUAAGUUUUCACGGACAAAGGGCUCUGUCCCCUUCUUCCUGUUUAACUCAUGCAUGCUAUACACUACAGAAUGAGGCCAGGCUGCAGAUCUUGGACUGUGCUCGUCUGAAAAGGGUAACUAAUGAUGAUGAUAGAAAUAUAUUAUCAGGCAGUGCUGGUGUGCAGUGAGGUACUUGGUUCCCCGUGGGUCUUGAAUUGUGUAUUUUUAUUUGAUAACCUUACCCCAAACCAGAGCACAGGAGCUCUGUUGAAUGUAAAUAAAGUUUUCAUGCUGCUCACACAGAGUGAGGGCUAGAAGUUAAAAUUGAAGAUGAUUACACAAAGAAAUGCAAUGCUCCAGAAAGAGUCACAACAUGUUCCUUAUACACUGCCCCUCAUUUUAAACUGCUAACAUACAUCGUGAAACAAAAAAUUAAGAGACAACACUUGUAGUAUUCACAUAUUUUAUAUCAACUUCGCCAAAUUCAAAACACAUACGUUUGUUGUGUAAAUAUAAUUACGUUGCCAAUAUUCUGUUCAUCCCUUAAGUGGUUCAGAUACUAACAAAACAUAUUUGGGAACUGGUAUUGCCAAAAGUAAGUGCGAAUUUUCUCUCAUGGUAGAUCAUUCAGAUGUUGAUGGCAUAACAACUCACUUUGUGUGGCAUUUCUUUUAUGUGGACAGUUUUCUGAAUCACACAUGUAUUGGUACUGUGAUUUAUUUUCUUUGUUUCCUUCGAUGGUGAGAAUAAUCUUCCUGUGCACAACGUGUGAAUGAUGAUACCAGAUUAGUACGGUGCAAUAGUCAGUUGUAGAUGAAAUAAAGCUUUUGCGCUGCCAGUUAGCUUCACGUUGGUCUUGAUCAUCCAAAUGACUUCUCUCUGUAAUCUUUUUUUUUUUUUGUAUGUCUAAUUUAUCAAUCAGAUCUACGUAUUGUUGACACAGUAAAUGAGACUUCCUCCCUAGUUUCAGCGCAAAAUUUUUCCAACCAAGGAGAUGGGAGGAGAUUUUAUACUGCUGUAAAAUAUCAAAACUAUUUUAUGGACAAGUGUUCUAUCUUUCUAAUGAUAAUUCAUAUAUUUAGUUGUGGCAGUUCUGUUUUGAAAUGCUUGACAAUGGAAAAACAUGUCAGGUUUGUGCUUUAUGCAAAUAGGAAAAUGAAAACAGACAAAAACUUAGUUGUUAAAUAUUUACUGUUCAAGGAUGCUUUUUUUUUUGUAAUUUCGAAGGAUAUGUGUUGGCUUUGGUACCAAUCCCAUAUCGUGUCUCUUGCCUGAUAGUUGUUUAAAUAUUCCAUUAAGCUGAAAGUUGAUAGAUGGCUAUUUUUGUCUUCACAAUGUAAUUCAGGUAAGUUUUCAUAACUUUUUCAUCACAAGGGCUACUACUAGCAGCUUUGGUAGAAAUGAAAGGUCUCUGUGGAUGGCAUAGAGCAAAAGGUGAAAUUAAUCAACGAGGGGCAGGAGGGGAGUGUGUCGACAUCCUUUUGAGGGUGAUGGCCGCAGGUUAAGUGAGGGAGGAAUGCAGCAGUCUGCAGAAGCCUACAUGAUAUUCCAGAGGGAAGUCUGGUGGCUGUUUGGCUCUUUGUUCGCUUUCUUUUUGCCUUUUAGAGAAGGAGAAUGGCUAAUGUCAAAAGAAGCGGGGUUUCCCAAGGUGAAAAAGAACAUUUUUAGAUUUUUAGUGUCUGAGUUGUCGCACCUAAACAUCCUUUUUGCUCGUCUCAUGACUUGUGUGCUGAUCUUCUUGGCUUUACAAUCAUUUCUGCUAUGUAUUUCUGCAUAUUUGGCUUAUCUUUUCAUUGGUAGUGUUUCCACGACUGACUUUGGCAUUCCCCCGUGUUGGAGUCAGAAAAAAAAGGGAGUGCUUGGACGUUUUGAUUUUUUGUGCACAUUUAAUAAACUGGGUCGGAUGAAACAUAAAAAAAAAUGAUCACUUAUCUUUUAAUUGUUUGCCAAAUUGUUAACACAUCAAAUUUUCUUGUGAAUUUUCUAUAGAGCAUCCAUGUGUUCUACCUGCUUAGCCUUGAUUUAAUCUAGAUGUACCCUGUGAGAGUAAUCCUCGCAACUCUCUUGCACAUGUGUACAUUGUGUUGGUAAAGCUGUUGUCUUGUACAUAUAGACUUGGUUUAUUAUGAAACACUUAAUGAAGGAGGGACAUGCAUAAUUAUGCUAAGUGCCACAUUUUUUUUAUAAGUUGAAAGGUGUUAAAAGGCUCUGGCUUUGUCAAAGCAAGUUUAGUCUGGCUGUGAUCUUGUUUAUUCAGCUUGUAUUGGUAAAGGGUUUAUCUUUGGUGCUUCACCCAACAUUUAAAAGCCUUUCCUUGAGCAGUUUUUCCCAUUUUUAGGGUGAAGCUUUGCACACUCACACGCUAGCAGAGGUUAAUAUUGUUGGUGCCACAAUUCAGCACACUUCAGUUUGAAAUUAGGAGCUCAUGUAUUUUGAUGUGAAUGAAUAAACUAUCUGACAGACUUUAUCUGAGUUUUGAAAGGAAUAUUGUGUUCUGCUUCACUGCUGGGAAAACACGGUAACACUAUCGUGUGUUUUUUAAAAACUCUCAGCUUGGCUUUCAGGGAGCACAGUCCAUUCCCCUGAACUGUAGCUGACCACCUUAAGAGCAGGCGUGUGGCCCCUUAAACUUCAUUCUCAUGUAGAUGAUUUAUUGUCGGGCGAAUUAACUUGAAUGGGCUACAGUGAGGAUGAUGAACAAAAUGAAGGUGACUGCUCCAGUACCAGAGUCGGCAUGAUGACGCACUUCUAUAAAAACUUUGUUGCAUCAGUUUUCACUUGCUAACAAUAUUUUUGGACUUCAUGCCUUGUCUGGUUAUAACAGCACCAGAAUCAACACAGAAAAAGUCACAUGGCUACACUACCAGUGAUUAGAGCCAGAGCAGAGCUGGGUCAGUUAUAUAAAAUCCUUUCCAUUGAUCUGUAGUGUAUUCAAUUUAUCUCCAUAGAAUGCAAGUUGGAGAAAGUUUGUACGACAAUCUAGUACAAAACACUGUGCCAAGCAAAAUCAAUCCGCAACAGAAAAGAUAUAAAAAAUUAAACGUUUGUAGUAACUUGACCCAAAUCUGUGGUAAAAUUAUUUAAACUUUUGUUAAUCCACUUUUACAGAAUGGUUUUGUUUUUUCAAAUGAAGCUUGUGUGUGAAGCCUCAGUAUUAAUGUAUUUAUUGAAACACUCGCCAAGUGAAGGUACUGAAAUGGCCAUUAUAAUAUUUUGGUGGUUAUAAUAACAAGUGAGUGAAUAUGCUGUGUGUUUACAUGUCCGCCAUUCUCCACUCUGUUUUUUUCCCCCCUUACUUGAUUGGACUGUGUAUUCUUUCCCUGGGUCGAAGGCACUGAAACUGCACCACUGCAAUGGGCCUGCAUUCAUGCAACUUAGAUGUCCAUUCAAGCGCGCUCGUUGGUACUCUAAGGUGUGUGUGAGUGUGUGUGUGUGUGUGCGUCUGUGUGUGUGUGUCUGUGCGUCUGCGCGUGUGUGUGUGUGUGUGUGUGUGUGUGUGUGUACACUUUUGAUGGCUAUUGCUUAUGCUUGAGAUCCAUUCUGGUUAGAAGGAUGGACAUCAGUGAUAUUAAAAGCUAUCUUUGCAUCUUUUUUUUUUUUUUUCUUUUGUAAGGUUGACACACCUUAACACGUGUAUUUAGGACCACUUAAGAUGACUUUUUUAAAAGAGUUAAAAUAAACUUUGUGUAGUGGUGUACAAAUUGAAAGUAAUGUACUUUUGUUUGAUUUUUUUUCUUCUUUUUUUAAGUAUACCAAAUGUAAAUUAUGUACAAUGAGUGUGCCAAUCCCCUUUCUUUGUAAAGCCAGACUCUUAACAAGUGCCAAUGUUGUGAAAAAUCAGAGGGCCUGUGAAUUUCAUGGUCCAGUUUUUAAAACAAAUAAACACUAAGUAUGUGAUUAAUUAACGAAAGAAAGGACAAUUUUAUUCUAUAUUUAAGAUUAAUAAUGAACUGCUGUUUUUAAGAUAAAUGUCAUUUUAACUGCAUGUGUUUGUCAGGUUGGGGAGGGAGUGGGUGGGUGAGAUACUGUAUUCAUGCAACACCCUCAUGAAAAGGGUUCUAAUGGUUAUUGAUUUACAGUAUUUUAGCCAUAUUUCUCUUUUGUAUGUUUCAUUUCAACCACUGUUGCCUGAACCUCAUUCAAACAUGAAAAUGAUUUUCAUAGCCUUCUCCUUUAAAUGUUUUAAAUUGGAAUAAAAUAUGUUCCUAUACUCUC